AUGGCAUUGGAUGAGGGGGCGUACCUCGAGACGAGGCGUCCAUUUGUGAUGCGGCCAAAGCCGCCUACAAGCAUGUGGGACCAGGAGCCAGAUUGGCCUGUGAAGAGGAAGGGGCCCAAAGAAGGCAUGACGCCGCUGAUGUAUGCUGCUCAGAAUGGCUCUGUAUCAGCGGUGCACAUGCUUUUGCAGGCAAGAGCCAACGCUAUGGCGAAAGAUGAGGAUGGCAUGCGCCCCUUGCACUUCGCUGCUCAGUCCGCCUCUGAAGAAGAGGUGUGCAGAUUGUUAGUCAAAGGAGGGGCCGAUGUGUCUUCAAUCGAUGAUGAUGGCAAGCGGCCAGUGGAUUUUUUGCCUAGUGAUCAAGCGCUGGGGGGCCAGCGGCUGCACUGGGAGGAAUUGCUUGGGUCACCAUCUUCAGCACGUGUUGAGAUGCAGGCGCCAACGGGCCUAGGCGGAGUAUCGUCUUUGCGACAGCUCCAGGCGGCGACGGUUCUGGCUGCUGACACGGACAACAUGGAGGCUGAUCGAUUGUGGCUGACUGAUGAACCACUCCGGAAACCAGGUUUGGGACGUGCUUAG